AUGCCAGCAGCAGCAGCAGCACAUUGUUUAAGAGCGUUUACCCCCAUCCGUUCUUACGGCUGCUGCUUGGCCUCGACCCGUCUCUACAGCAGCAGCAGCAGCAGCAGCAGCAGCAGCAACACAAGCAAGUACAGCAGCAGCAGCAGCAGCAGCAGCAGCAGCAGCAAGAAGCAAUCUGUGCUGCGCCGUGUGUCUCCGUUGCGUGUUGCUGCUAACGGGAUGGAGGAGCUGAGGCGGGGGCAGCAUUUUGUGUAUCACCGGCAGCAGCAGCAGCAGCAGCAGCAGCUGUCGUGCUGCUCCACCAGCAGCAGCAGCAGCAGCAGCAGCAGCAACACAAGCAAGUACAGCAGCAGCAGCAGCAGCAGCAGCAGCAGCAGCAGCAGCAGCAAGAAGCAAUCUGUGCUGCGCCGUGUGUCUCCUUUGCGUGUUGCUGCAAACGGGAUGGAGGAGCUGAGGCGGGGGCAGCAUUUUGUGUAUCACCGGCAGCAGCAGCAGCAGCAGCAGCAGCAGCAGCAGCAGCAGCGGCAACGAAGGGUCAAGGGUAUGUCUGCUGCUGCUGCAGCAGCAGCAGCAGCAGCAGCAGCAGCAGCUGUCGUGCUGCUCGUAAACAACUGGCAGGAUGAUCUGCCUACCCAGGUACAGAAGCUUGAGCAGAAGCUGCAGCAGCAGCAAUAUGUCUGA